AUGGGUCGCACAUUUGGCGCGCCUAAAACCAUUACUACGGAUCAAGGUACACAGUUCGAAUCACAAUUGUUUAAAGCCCUGACUAACCACCUGGGAUGUGUACGAACAAGAACUACAACAUAUCACCCGGCCUCUAACGGAAUCAUCGAACGUUGGCACCGUUCUUUAAAAGUCGCAAUCCGCUGUCAAGAAUCUAAAAACUGGUUGCAAGCAUUACCAAUAGUUCUACUGGGACUGCGUACCAGCAUCAAAGAAGACAUAAAAGCGACAGCAGCAGAAUUAGUCUACGGCAUUACCUUACGUCUGUCAGCCGAAUAUUUUUUCAAUGAAAAUUUUACGCCAGAACCUCAAGCAUUUUUAUCACAUUUUCGAGAGCAUAUGCGGAACGUCAGGUCCACACCUACAGCCCAUCACAACAAGAAGAGAACAUUCACUCACGGUACCUUAUACACAUGCACUCACGUAUUCGUGAGAGUGGAUAAAUUAAGAAGCCCUCUAGAACCACCUUACGAAGGGCCAUACCCGGUAAACGAAAAAAUUACUGAUCGUAUAUUUAAAGUUCUAGUUAAAGGAGAAGCUGUCAACAUUUCGGUGGAUCGACUUAAACCAGCGUUCUUGGAGGCAAUACCGGAGGAGGAAAACGAGUCGUCACCCAGUCAAGCAGCGCAAGCUAACAGCCCAAGAGUAUAUCCAGGCAAACGCGUUAGAUUCGCGACAUAG